CAUUGUUGCAGGAUUGCUGUGGGUUUGUGGAGCUGCAUUGUUGCUGGGAUGAUGAGAUUGAAGAGCAGGAGGCGGAAGGGGCGGGUGCUGUCCCGGAACUUGCUGCCAGAGAAAGUUUUCUCGAAGUUUGGAAAAAGUUUUCUCAGAGAGUCCGGAGUUUAAUAGACCCCCCCUCCCUGACCCCGUGUUUGAUUUUCUGUUGUUAUUGGUCCCCUGCCCGUUCCUGAACUUGUUCCGAAGCCCCACACGGCGAGCUGUUCGACUGGGAGAGGCAUCGCAGAUUGCUGCUGGAAUGCGAGCCCCAGGAUCGGGAUCUGGGCAGAGACUCCCUCACAUCCUGUAAAACCCAGGGAACUGAGGCUAAUUCACACCCCCACCCCUCCCGGGUGUGUUCAGGGUGGGGAUCCUGCUUCCCCACCCCCCCACCCCACCCAACAACAAAGUGCAAUGGGAUCAUUCAGAAUGUGAAAGGAAUGUCCCUGAGAGCAUCUGCACCGGGGGUCAAGGAUGGAUGAAGGGAAGGUACGCAGAAGGAGAAUUGAGCAAGGGCUGAGUGAUGGAGGACGUGCCGAGCAGAGGCAGCGAGGGAGGGGAGAGGACAACGCGGAGGAUGAGAAGCCCACACCCAUGGCAGCAGCACCAGCUGAGGAUCGGCCGAGGGAGAAGGUGGCACUGGUGGAACUGAAGGCAGAAUCGGGUUUGGAUAUCUGUGCUCAGGUGGUAGUGCCCUUCCUGCUUGCUGGGCAAGGCAUGGUGCUGGCUGGCUUCGUGCUCAAUAUUGUUCAGCACUGGGCAGUAUUCCAGACUAUCACGGAGAUCUUCAUCCUAGUUCCAGCUCUGGUCGGUCUGAAAGGCAACUUGGAAAUGACCCUUGCCUCCAGGAUGUCGACAGCGGCUAACACGGGAAAACUCGAUCAUCCCAGGGAGAGGUGGACAUUAGUGACAAGUAAUUUAGCUUUGAUUCAGGUUCAGGCCACGGUGGUUGGUUUCCUUGCUGCUGUAGCUGCAGUUAUUCUGGGAUCACUCUCCAGGGGUCACGUUGAUCUGAAUCAAGCAGCUGUCCUGUGUGCGAGUAGCACUAUCACUGCCUUCAUCGCUGCACUCUCCCUAGGUACCUCCAGCCCUCCUUGGUGUUUCACUCAGAUCCAGCAGCCCUGCAGCCUCCUGCCCUCCCCUCACUCUUUGACCUUGAGGUGCUGUGAUGUUGUGGUCAGUGCGGUUACAGAAGGUCAGAGUUUAACAGCAGGAGGCGUGUCCAUAGUAAAUCAGCCAUUUGCACCUUCACCCUCGGACGUGGGCAUUGCUGGCUGGGUCAGUGUUCAUGACCUCUCCCCAAAUGCCCCAGAGAGGAACGGUUUUCACUGGUGCAUUGAGGGCUGACCUAAUGGGGGUUUAUAAAAUCAUGAG